AUGGCAGUCAAUAUGAAGUUUGUUAUCCUGCUCUCUACUGUGGCCUUUUUGCAAGUUUGCGUGACUGCAUCAGCUUGCAAUAUCCCUUCACGAUUUUGGUGCGAUUCGAAAGAAAUUGCUCUGCAGUGUGGCGUCUAUGAACAGUGCAAGAAGUAUCAGUGGACCCUCCGCCAGGAUGCUACUCCCGUGGACUUCACACUGUACUACGAGAGUCUGUGCCCAGACUGCAAGCAAUUCAUUCCACGAAUAUUGUAUCCUACCUACCUGAAGCUUGCGUCAAUUACAAAUCUGACUCUGGUACCUUAUGGAAAUGCACGUGAAAGACAAGUUGGAAGCCGCUGGGAGUUUACCUGUCAGCAUGGACAAGAGGAGUGCCUUGGCAACAUUAUUGCAACUUGCACCAUUGCAAUAGUGAAAAACAUUGAUGUUUACUUCCCAUUCCUCAACUGUAUGGAGGCCACCAACCAGCAACCCAGGACUGCAGCAGAGCAGUGUGCUACCCAGUUUAAAGUGCCUCUGAACGAGAUUUUAAAUUGCACAACUUCCGACUACGGCAACCAGCUGGAACAUCAAAUGGCCCUCAAAACUGAUGCCCUAGUUCCACGUCACAAGUAUGUUCCUUGGGUCACACUCAAUGGGGUUCACACAGAAGCCAUUCAAUAUGAAGCACAAUAUAAUCUUAAAAAACUGCUAUGUGAUGCAUAUCAGGGUGUAAAACCCCCAGCAUGCAGCUCUGUAUAG